CUUGAUUGAACUUUUUUCUUUGUCAGUGUUUAAAAAUAAUAAUAAUAUUGAAAACAGCGUGAUUCUUUCUCGCCCGUUUGGAGGGAAAAAAAAAAAAAAAAAAAAAUCAGUUCUUUGUUUGUAUUGUAAAUGCCGCGGUGUGGGGCACCUCUAAAAGAUGAUGAUGAUGCUGAUGACGAUGCUGCUGCUGCUGCUGCUGCUGAUGAUGAUGAUGAUGUCAUCAUCAUCAUUUGCGCUGAUACCGAUGACGGUGAUGAUACCGAUAACGACGACGAUGAUGAUGAUGAUGAUGAUGAUGAUGAUGGCAACGCUGACGCUGCAGCUGCUUCGGCUGAUGGUGGUAAUGAUGAUGAUGAUGAUGAUGAUGAUGAUGAUGAUGAUGAUGAUGUAGCAAGGGGCGGGGGCGGCAAGGACCCAAAUAAGAUUGAUCUCUCAGCCCCCUCGCCCUCCAGGUCCCAUGCUUAUACCGAUGACGAUGAUGAUGCUGAUGCUGAUGCUGAUGAUGAUGAUGACGAUGGCAACGCUGACGAUGCAGCUGCUUCUGCUGAUGGUGGUGGUGAUGAUUUGCAUCUGAUGAUGAUGAUUUGCUGCUGGCGAUAACGAUUCGAAGAUUUGUUCGCAGAAAUGAGGAUUAUGUUGAUGACUAGCAGAUGAGGAUGAUGAUGAUGAUGAUGUUGAUGAACUGCAGAUGAUGAUGAUGAUGAUGAUAUAGAAAGGAGGAAAUAGUGGCGGGGGCGGCAAGGACCCAAAUAAGAUUGAUCUCUCGGUCCCCUCGCCCUCCAGGUCCCAUGGUAUGUGCAUGCAUCCUGUUGUCCUUGACUUUGCCUGUACCUCUGAGAACCAAAUGACAGAUCGGGACCGAAGCACUCUGUUACCAGGUGAAUAGAAGGGAAAAUUUGUUAGAUACCCCUCAGAAGUGCGACACUCAUCAGAUGCCCCUAAAAAUUGGUUGUUCGCCACUGGCUAUGUUUGGUCCUCGUGAAUAAAAGGGCAUGUCGCUG